UCAUCACUGCAAAAUAUUAACAGCAUUGAAAAUAAUGUCUGGUUUCCCAGGCUGAAUAGUUCGUAUCAAACAUUUGAAUGUAAAACCAGUGGAACACCCCUUUAGACAAAGCUUCAGCAGAAUGAUCUUCUGCUUCCACACGUGUAAAGAAAGCCGAGGUUAUUUGAAGCUGCAUAUCUCAGGAAACUAUCGCAGAUCCACAUUCAAACAGAAAAUGGCUGAGGGGGCAAACCCAGCUGUGGUCUCUUGUGUAAAAGCUCUCACAGCUUUUUAUUGAAAAUGGAAAAGCUCUGCAGGAGCUCGCCGUCAAGGAGAGCGGAGAAGGUAGGCAGCAUUUUGUGGGGCCAGACAAGUGCGCGUAAAAAUAGACACGCAGACACCGUGCUCUGCAGCUGGCAGGCGAUUUAUGGUUCGUACCCUGAGCGGUGGCGGCAGACGGCCUGUCAAUAAUUAGAUGUAAAGAAUAAAUCCUAACAGGUUUCAUUCUUUACUUCAUCUCCCACAGUCUCUCUCCAGGAAUUCAUCGGGCAGAGAAUCCGCAUCGAGCAGAAACACCCGAGUGAAGCUGCUGCAGCCUUGUGCAGAAGGCUGUGAGCAGUUUCUACAUUAUAUGUCACAGUGAAGGUUGUGGGUUUUAAAUUCUACUUUACGAACAGAGACAAACAUUCGAUAAACAAAAUCUUUUACAAAUCUGAGGUCGACGUUAUCCGUCCUCACUGUGCUUACAAAAUGCAGCAGUAUUAUAUCGAUGUAUACUGGACUUUUGUUGCAUUGCUAUUGAUGAAAAUUAUAUUUGUGACAAUUAUUGAUAUUGUGUUAUCGCUCAGCUCGACAUGUUUUCUAAAAAUAAAACUACAUAUGACCCCUCGUUGCAUCGUAGAUUGAUCCUCACACUCAGAUCAGGGAUGCCAUUGUGUAGAAUUGUUUCCAACACCCGUGUUGCCGAUUGCACCGGACAUUUUAUAAUAGAAGACGCAUGUCAGCUCACUUGCUCUGAUCUUUAAAGUUUGAUUUCCCUGCAGAGCCGCCUCACUCUUGUGCUGCACCUGACGGUGAGUGCAGUGUUUCCCAUUAGUUAGCACAGUUUAGACUGUGGCUAGACUUCUCAUAACAACAUAAACGUUCUCUCACUUGUUGUUUUGGGCCGUUGUUUACAGUUUUCUUUGUGAAGCAAGUUACGUAAUCAGUGUGUGUCUGAAUAACACAUUACUCAGACGUCCAGAAAUAAAAACAAGUGAGAGCAACAAGUCAAAAUAAGCAUUUACUUCCUAACGAAGCGUGAAUUCCCAGAGUCUCAGAGCAAACAUAACUAUAAACUGACACAUCUUAAACUUUCCCAUGGUUUUAAACUAUAUCUAACUGGUAUCUACACUUACUCAAGUCACCAAAAGUGCUGUAACUGACCCUGAUGCUGUAAAAAUAGUGCUCAACUAAAUCUGUUCAAGAUCCAACAUCAUUUGUGCUUAAGCCUCAACUAGUGUGAGGAGAAACUACCCAAAAAACAUUUUAAGUGCAAUAGAUGUCACGUGUAGCAGAGCACAUUGACAAAAUAAUAAGUAUAACAUGUCUAACGUACAAGUGCAACAGUAAACCUCAGUGUGCACCUAUUCAUUUAUCCAGAACUCAUAACCCAUAAACUAAAACAACCCUAAAGACUUUGCUGGAUGACAUUUCCAGCUGUUCGAGACACUUUCAGCAGCUGGAAGUCAGUUAUUUCAAUUUUGUUAAAAAUGUUAAAAAGUAUUCUCCGCAGUGCCAUCGCCUGAAACUUGUUUCUUCUUCCAGAGUGUGGCCGAUGUAACACAGGUGCAGUGGGAUUCCUUUCCACAGCGUUUGGAUGAUGAGUUACAGUUUAGUGCUGAGAUACCGGCUGGGGACCAUCAAUCAAAAUUGAUCUACUGUUACUGCGUGUUUGUCAGAACGGUGACAGUAGAAAAAUACCUUGGGAAGGUAAAAAGAUCCUGUCGAUGCUGAUCCGUCGGUUCUCCUGUCUGCUCUGUCGUCUCCACAGUAAAGACCUGGAGAAGAAUCAGCCGGGAGGUGACUUGGUUUCCGUCGAACAUGGGAGGGUGCUGUUCUGUCACUGCUGCCAGGAUCCAGCAGACAGACCCUGGAGGACAUUUUAUCUGCACACUAAUCUUUGAAAGCACCAUCAACAGUGCUACUAUGGACCGGAUGUGCAUUUAGACACUGUGGCUGCAGGAGACGAGAUGUCAUAUAACAUUACUUCUAAAUCCAGCUGCAAAGGAGUCAGUCCCACAGAGACUUUGACGUUAAUUGGUGAAAAAUGCCGGAGGAGGAAGAACGAGAGAAGUUAGCCAAAGUCAUCAGACAGUGGAACAACAACAGACUGGACCUGUUUGAAAUAAGCCAACCUGACGAGCAGAAUCUGGAGUUUCACGGUGUGAUGCGUUUCUACCAUGAGAAUCACGACGAGGGGAACGUGGCUACAAAGUGCCUGCGUGUUUGCAGCAACUCUUCGACUCGUGAGGUUAUUGAAAUUCUCUCGGAGAAGUUCAGGCCCGAUAUGAAAAUGCUGACUUCCAGUUAUUCCCUUUACGAGAUCCACGCCAAGAAGGAACGCAAACUAGGGCAGGACGAGAAACCUUUGAUUGUACAAUUAAACUGGAGCUCAGACAACAGAGAAGGACGCUUUGUGCUCAAGAAAGACAAGGAGACUUCCCAGGAAAUGUCUCCCGAGAAGGAGAGAGGAGGCAUCAUCCAAAACUUCAAGAGGACUCUGUCAAGAAAAGACAAGAAGACGGAGAAGAACAAAGCUAAAGCUGCUGACAAGGUCCAAGGAGACGAGAAGGGGCCAACUGAAAAACUACUCAACAACCAGGAGGCAAAUCACGGCACAGAAAACCAAAAGCAGCAGAGGCAGGCUGCAGAUCAGCCUGGAUUACCACUCGGGAUUAAACUCUGUGAUAACUCUGAGGAGGCCUUCCUGUCUGCAGUCAUAAAUUACACCAACAGCUCCACGGUCCAUUUCAAGCUCUCACCUGCAUACAUCCUCUAUGCUGUGGGACGCUUCACCCUGCGGCGCCAUCACAGGCAAGGCUCGCCGCGCUCAGGACAAACACACGGCGUCACAUCCAUCACUGGCAAAAUGGUGGCCAUGACACGGAAGGUCAUCCAGAGGCAGCAGACCAUUGCCGGGGCGCUCGCCUUCUGGAUGGCCAACUCCUCCGAGCUGCUGAAUUUCAUCAAGCAUGACAAAGACCUCUGCCCGCUCACACAGCAAAGUCAGCUGGACCUCGCCCACCUGGUGCACAGAGCUUACAGUUGCCUGCUACAGUGUCUUCAGAAUGAGUUAACGAAGCAUUUGCCAACUUUUCUGUUCGAUCCUGAGCAACAUGGCCCCCUGCCGGCUGGUAUAGAGAUGGUGCUGAACACCUUCAUGAACACCAUGUCUCUGCUGCGCCGCUGUCGGGUCAACCCCGCCCUCACCAUCCAGCUCUUCUCCCAGCUCUUCCAUUUCAUCAGUGCCUGGCUGUUCAACCGGCUCAUGAGCCCAGCGGCCACCGCUCCAGGCCUGCGCUCCCACUACUGGGGAGCAGCUCUCCGCCAGAGGCUCACCGGCAUCGAGGCCUGGGCGGAGAGGCAGGGCCUGGAGCUGGCCGCUGACUGCCACCUCGGACACAUCAUCCAGGCAACCGCACUCCUGACCAUGAAUAAGUACUCAAUGCAAGAGGCGAAGGACAUCCAGAAUACCUGUUUCAAGUUGAACUCACUGCAGCUGCAGACGCUGCUCGCUGGCUACCUCUAUGCAAACACUGAGCCUCACAUCCCCCCUGAUUUGAUCGAUGCUGUUGUGGCGGCCGCCGAGGCCUCGGCAGACAGCCUGAUUGACAGUGAGGGGCGGGACAUCCAGCUGGAGGAGAGCCUCGACCUCCACCUGCCUUUCCUGCUGCCGGAGGGAGGAUACUCCUGUGACACCGUGAGAGGAAUCCCUCAUGGGUUCAGGGAGUUUUUGGAGCCAAUUUGCCGAAAAGGUCUCUGCUCUAUAACAUCCCAGCCGAACCCUAAAGGUGACUGGACCGUGUAUUUCUGUGAAUCUUCACCUCCUACAGAGAACAUAUACUUGGCAGCACACAGAGAGCCGGAGGUUGUGACCAUCACACUGAAGAAACCUCUCAACAGUGGGAUGGGGGUCAGCAUUGUGGCUGCCAAGGGAGCACAGCAGGGUAACCUUGGGAUUUAUGUCAAAUCUGUAGUCCAGGGAGGACCAGCUGAAAUGAAUGGAAGGUUAGCAGCUGGAGACCAGCUGCUCAGUGUGGAUGGUCAGAGCCUCAUUGGCCUCAACCAAGAAAGGGCUGCUGCCAUCAUGGUGCAAACCGGCCCUGUUGUGACUUUACAGGUGGCAAAGUUGGGAGCGAGCUUCCACGGCCUGGCAGCUCUGCUGAGUGAACCAGCUCCAACAACGACUACAGGUGAUACAAUCUUUGCCAAAACAAACGGUGAAGCGCUGGUGCUGUACCGUGCGGUGGAUCCUGGUCCGUCGGGGCAUCAGCUCCAUGGAGGCAGCAGGAGGAAGAAAGAGCUGAUGCAGAGGAACAGGCAGCUGUUUCGCUCCAACCCCAACAUGACCACCGACCUUUGCCUGGAGGAUGGAGAUGAACUCGUUGACCCUGUUGUGAGAGGAAACAACAUGGCGGCUGUGUCCACCACCAGCCUCUGCACUGACACGUUUCACAGGGAAUACUUGACACUUCCAACCCCUAAAUCACAGGACAAGAACGUGUCUGAGUCCAGUCGACCGCAGCAAACAUUAGUGUCUUUGGGGCCUUUGAGUGGAAGCAGCUGCAGUAAGAAGAUGUACAUGCGUCAGGCCCUCUCACAGGAAAACCUUUGUAUGGAGAGUGGAGGUCCCCUGCUGGACAAAAGGGGGAAGGACACAAGUGCCAAACACACCAUGAGCCACUACUCCUCUUUUCCAAUUCGCUCCAGCGUUUCCACCCACGACAUCCUCGCUGAUUACAGUUCUCCUGUAAAACACCAGCAGGGCAUUCGCACAAGUGGCGCCGGUGUCUGGAGGGCGCCAUUUUCCCAACAUCCCACAUCCACGCCUUCAGCUCAGCCCAUACGCAUCGACAUCCCCAUCACCAGAGCAGUGAACACCAAUCCUCCACUCACCACCUUCCAGAGUCCGGCUCUGCUGUCGACCAACAUGAGCCAAACUCCUAAAAUAAACGGACACAAUCAGAUCCCUCACCAUCAAGCCCAUCUGAUCUAUGCAUGUCCCAUCUCUGCAGUCAAGAAGCUCCCUCGGCCUUCACUGUCGUCACAGCAGCACAGGCCCGGCAUAUUCAGGGGUCAAGCUGUAAAACCUCAAGUGAGCAUCCCUCCAACAAAACAUGUUUCCUUCCAAGAACCUCCCACUCAACAGAGGCAGGGCACAGGUGCUCCGAAGCACAGAGGCCCACAGGAGCUGUCCGACCCCUGGAGGAGGGAGAUGCAGGAGAAGCUGGAGAAGCAGCACAGGCUUCAGGCGGUGGAGCUCCUGGAGCAGGAGGUUCAGGAGCUCCAGGCCAAGGUGAAGCGCUCGGCGGAGGAGAACGACCGGCUCCGGAAACUCAGCCUGGAGUGGCAGUUUCAGAAGAGGCUGCGGGAGAUUCAGCAGAGAGGAGACGAUGAGGAGGACGAAUAUGAGGAUUUGGACAUGAUGGUGGCGAUACAGCAGCUGGAGGCGAGAACUCCGGACAAGAGAAGCUGUGGAGGAAAUAUCAACAGCGAACUGAAAGAGUUGAAUCAGCAGACUGGAAAUCACAUUCUCCAAAAAGAAGACAAGGCAAACAUAGGUCACAGACAAACUGGACAGACUGAACAUGUUCACAACGUGGCAACAAAAGAAAACCAGGAGGAGAAAAUCAAGAGCCCAGAUCCUGAGAAGCUCACAUUCAGGGAGCGGCAGCGUCUCUUUUCUCUGGCGUCCAGUGCAUGAAAGAAGUUACAGCCGUGUAAAAGAAAAUAUCAGAAUGUUUAUAUA